AUGUUUAGAAAGAUCCAUUCAAUAUUUCAGCCCAACUCCCAUAGGAGGAAUCUGGUUGAUGACAUCCCAUGUUAUGAUGGCACAAGCUCUGCUGUGAGGCUGAUCCGCAGCACUUCAAUGUAUGUUCUUGGAGAGGAGCCCCAGAAACUGAGUGAAUCCUUGAAAAAAUGUAAAAGUACAGCCAGCAUAGACUCAUAUGUUUACUUUGAGCAGAAAGAGGAAGACAGGGCCUGGAUGUACUCUAAGACCCAAGACUGCUUAAAAUACUUACAGGACCUCUUAGCCCUGAGGAAAAAAUACCUUGCCAGCAUCAAUGACUUGAAGUCUAUGAAUGCAACAAAUAAAAUCUCUCCUGUGUCUACAAAAUCCUCCAAAACAGGGAAAAACCCACCACCUUCUUCCAAACAAUCUUCUAAGAUAUCACUGGAAGGAAAAGUCCCACAGCCCAAUUCAGAUGUAAAAGAAGCAAUAGCUUACUUCGACUCGGUUAUUGCAGAACUGGAUACAGAGAGAUGGCGGAAAAUUCCUGCAACAAACCUCUCAAACGCGGAUGUUGACUUUGAUGUUGCUACCAGCACUAGCGAACACAGUUUACAUUCAAACUGGAUUCUUCGUGCUCGGAGACAUUCACAGGAUACCUCACAAACAGCAAAAGGAACAAACCAGGCUCAAACAAACAGUCAGAGAACCACCACUGGCUCCAGAAAGAGACUGGAAAGACAUCCAAUGUACUUACCCAAAGCGGUGGAGGGAGCAUUCAAUACUUUAAAAUUUAAACCUAAAGCACGUAAAAAGGAAUAGCUGGAAGAUUGCUAUACAAAAUAAUGUGUAAUAUUUAUCUCUUUUUAAAAACUAUGUCCCACCACUUACACAAUAGUAAUGGCAAAUGAGUAUGCAUUCAUUGAAGGUUCUUUAUGUUGCAUGUAUUUUAAGCCAUGGUUAUUCCAGGUUUGGACUGACAUCAGAGUUUAUCUCAUCGAGUUCACUGUGCCUAACAAUACUGCUUUAUCACCCGAGGAAAAGAACCCCUUCAGCUUGGCAAGCAUUUUUCAGUGUUGUUAUUGGAAGCAAUGAUUCAAAGACUGCCUGGUGCAGUAAUUUUUCUUCACUCUACUACUGCAAAGUAGAUCUGUUAAUAUGUGGUGAGCUUGUGCAUCAGUAAUUCCAAUUACAGUGAAAUGAAUUUUCCUCAUCUUUGCAUGUGAAAAUUUAGCAUGUGCCAUCACCAGUCCCAUGACCUGAGAUCAUGAAGUGGCACUGUAAGAGGAUGUGGUAAAGGAAGAAAUUGCUGCAGUGAGAGCAGCCCGCAUUUUGUGACAUUUUUUCCCACUAUGUGCUAGGGAAAAAAAAUCAAGUAGUUGCUAUAUGUAGCUUUCUGAAGGAAGUUAUUUUCUUGUUGGACACCGCACGUGAAGAUUUUGUGCAGUUCUUUUCAUAUGGCUACAAACAAAGUGUUUGUUUAUUUUAAUACCCAGAUGCAGACCAAGUCUUAUUUAAAUGCUGGAAUCUGAACUAUUCAUAUGUUCCGUUACUAAUGUUUAACAGCAGUGAGCUGAGGCAUUUUUGAAUCAGUCAGGCAUAGACUGUUCUCUAAUGGGAGGCAAGGGGUGGAAGGAAACUACUAAGGAAUCUUAAGGAACCCUAGCACAACAUCAUUAGGUUUCAUCUGUUAUCUGGAUUUCUGCACAGUAUUUCAAUGCUUUCAUUCAAAUGUAAACAUCCUAAACAACAUAUUACAGAGGUGCUCCAAAGGAGGUGCUUUUUCCUUAGAGGUGCAGUAUGUGCUCUAUGCCAGAGGUUCUCAACCUCAAUACACUUGAGACAUCCCUCAAUAGAUUUGAGGCACCCCUUGGAAAAUGUCUGCUCUUAGUUUUCACUUGAUUUUUUGACUACAGAAAAAUAAUAGAGCAGUUCUUCUGUUGCAAAGAACUCAGAAUGACCACAUCAGAAUGGUUUUAACACUAUGUAUUCCUGUUUGAAAUCUCUGGC